AGUGGGGGAGGGUCACGUGUGUACACAGGCUCCGCAGCCCUCCAGCAGUAGUAAAGUCUGCUCGGACGGCCCCUUUCCAGAUUAAGUCUAGUCCGAAAAGUUGAUAGAUGAAGAGCGACGCAUCUUUAAAGCAGCUAUUUUCAGGCUUUGUGAGCGUAGGGAGAGUCGAUACGGUUAUCUCAGGAUGUCUGUUAGUCAAAGGAAACGACUGAGAAAUGCCAGUGGUAAUGCUACAUCCAAACUUAAUGCCUCCGUAGGUUUGUCAUCGUGCCAAAUCUAUACGUUUCUGUCGAACUGUUGAGAGUGCUUGACCUGCGUCAGAGCCCAGCAAUGUGGAUCUGCAUGAUUUACAAUGAGACGGACAGCAGCGUGGACAUCCGGCUCUGCCAGGACUUCGGCCUCAUUUUGUCAGUCCUCUCCCUCAUCUACCUCCUGGUGUGCUUCCCACUGGGGUUGUGCUACAAUGUGCUACUGGUCGUGGUCAACCUUUCCAACAAGGUGUCCAUGACCAUGCCGGAUGUUUAUUUCGUUAACAUGGCCAUUGCAGGCCUUGUGCUCAACCUGGUGUCACCCGUGGAGCUGCUGAGCUCCACCUUCACCCGCUGGCAUGCGUGGGAGUACAACAAUGAGGUCUACAUCACCCUGCUCAUCCUCUUCAACAUCUCAUCUCUGGUCAUCAUGUAUUCCACCACGCUGCUCAGUCUUGACUACUACAUAGAGCGGGCGCUGCCUCGUACGUACAUGUCCAGCGUGUACAACACCAAACACGUUUGUGGGUUCAUCUGGGGUGGCGCGGUGCUCACUAGCUUCUCUUCGCUGCUCUUCUAUGUGUGCAAUCACAUCUCCACUAAGAUGGUGGAGUGCUCCAAAAUGCAGAACAAGGAGGCAGCAGACACCAUCAUGAUGUUCAUUGGCUAUGUGGUUCCAGCUGUGGCUGUUCUCUAUGCAUUUGUGCUUAUUUUGCGCAUUAGAAAGGAGUCCACACCUCUGGAUCAGGACUCGGCUCGCUUGGACCCUUCUAUCCACAGGUUGCUACUAGCUUCAGUCUGUGUGCAGUUUGUACUGUGGACCCCAUACUACAUGACCCUGUUGGUACACACCAUUGCUGGUGCACCAGGGUACAUUAGCAAUGCACAGUACUUACCUACCUAUUACUUUUUGAGAUGUGUGUCUAAGUUGCUGGCUUUCUCUAGUAGUUUUGCAAUGCCUCUCAUGUACAGGCAGAUGAACAAGAACUUCUCCAACAAGCUCCAGCGGCUACUCAGGAGGCUGCACUGCGGAAACCAAUCGUGCCCUCACGAACGCUCAACAGUGCAGCAAGUGGUGACGUGAGCUCACCUCCCUGGGAGCUUAGCAACGCCCCUCCCACUCCCCUUUUUCCACCGACACGUAUCUCCCUGCCAACAAAGCCAGUAUCAGACUGGGCCCCCUCGCUGCUCUGGACUGUUUUAAGAGCAACGUAGCUAACUGUGGAAUCUCCUGUCACCUUCCAGAACUAGAUGUGUCCAGCGCUGCAGUGACAGGACAGAGCAAGAAGAAACCACUAAGUGCUGAUAUUUUUUGUCACAGAGUAAAACUCUACUAAGACACUUGGGCUUCUAGUUUGAGAGUGUUAAACUUGGCACAACCAGCCAGUAACUACUCAGUGUUUGCUCUGUUUUAUACAAAAUACCCCAUUAGAAUGGGAAGCCCAAGCACUAUACCAUUGCACUGGGUUCUGUGUUAUGAAUAUUCUGCUAAAGGUGUGCAUGUUUGACUAUAGCAUGACUGACUAAAUAUCAGUGUAUAGGUCUCAGUACAGUAUAUUUUUAAAUCUAGUGAUUCUCUCCAUGAUGCUUUCACCUAACACACAAGCAGAACCCUAAGGUAUAAACUUCAAUUAUCAAGUGAAGCUAAGCUCUUUUGUUUCUAAGGAGAAAUCAACAACCUUGCACUGAUGGAUGUUGGCUGCUCUAUCAACAGCUCACCACAGCUAAUGAAUUUGCACUGUGUGCCAGCAUUGCAACAUUGUGCCUGCUCACUGCCCUCAAGCUCCAGGCCUUGAUCACUUGAAUGAAAGGACUCUUUCUUCUUUUUACUUAAAUGCAUUGAGAGUGAUUCCUCAUUAUCAACAGUAAAUUACUUAAUGGUUUCUUAUAGAAAUUGUAGCUUACCUUCAGAAGCUAUUUUCUUUACUGAUAGCACUACUUCCCUGUAGCUAGAAAUAGCUACUCAUAUAAAGAGAUGUUCUCAUUUCACUUUUAUAGAUCGUGUUCUGAGGUUUUGAUCUACUCACAGACAUAAGGAUAAUAUUCUUUGCAUAUGUCAAGCUCCACAUCCAGUAUCAUAAAAUCAACAUAUGUUCAUUCACAGCACAUUGAAGUCACACAGUACUGCAUAAAAAUGCUUUGUAUUCAGGGUUCAGACAUAACCAGUAUACCUCUUAUGAUCUCUGCUGAAAUCGCAUCACCUGUUACCCAUAAGCUCUAAUUUUCUUGAGUUGAAAGUUUCAGCCAUUAUGUAUUUUGUUAAGCUGUGCUUCUGCAGGAAUUAUGUAUGUAGUGCCUCACACAGUCAGUGAAGUCCACACAGUGUCUCAGAGACAGCCCUGAGUAGAUGGCAUGUACAUUCUCUGAGUUGAAUGCACACUUGUGAGUGGUUGGGAGGUUUUGUCCAGUGGAAAUAUGUAAGGGGACUUUGGUCACACCAGAGGCAUUAUCAGAACUUGCCUGCCAAGCAUUUGCAGACAGGGUGUUUGCCACAGAGGUAGAGUUUAAACUGUAAUGCUGCUCAGAUGCAUUAACGUUUGGCAGUGCUGCUUUGCUUUCUUGUUUGAAACUUGGUGAUAUGUGAACAGACAGCUGUGAUAGUGAUGAAGGCAGUUAAAAGAACAGUUAAAAAGUUGUUCUUGCAUGAAAUCUGUCACAUCACUGCAUGUCUUUGGGUUUUUUUUUUUUUUUUUUUGAAUGAGAGGGCCAGUUUAUGAAUCAUCCCAUGAACAGAAAUGCGAAGUGGGUGGGGCAUUCACUCAAAGACAAAUGAAAGGUGGACACACUCUUAUAUCCUACUCAUAGACAACAAUAAAUGAUAGUCACUUGUCUUUUUAGACAAGUUGUAAUUUACACAUUUAAAUAAACAAUUAUUUUUGGAUUUUACAAAACGAUUGGCAGAUGUACUAGCAGUGAUUUGAUGUUUAUCAUAUAUUGUUAUCAUAUGAAGUUAAUAUCAUGUAUAUAACAUCACGCAUACUGUAUUUUUGAACAUCUCAUGUGCUGUGGAUACUUUGUCUAUGACUGAGGGAUGAAAGUGUACAACAUUGUAAUUUUCGCUGCAGAGCCCCACUCUUGUUAUGCGUAUCUACAAUCAAUCAGUUGGAAGUACUUUCAAUUUUCAGCCGAAACUGUGUGUUUAUAUUAUACCCCAUUCAAAAAAAACAAAAGGCACAUAUUGUGAUAGAGUUAAUCAUUAUUUGAACGUGGUUCAAAGGUCCAAAUGAUUACUGGUAGCUUUGGAUCGAAAGACAAACAGUAGUACAUGGUCAACUGAUAAGUGCUGUAAAUCUAAUCUUGUAACCCUGUAAUGGAGGAAAUUUAAAUAACAUUUCCUAAGGUGGUGUCCAUUUUAAGUGCAGAAGUGGUGCACCACAUAGUUCAUUAUUUUUACAUGUCUAAUUAGGAACAGCCAACAAAUUCUCAAUUUUGGAACCAAAAAUGCUAAUAAAAAUGAAUAUUUAGAUCUAGAUUAGAAUCCACAUCAAACUGCACAAAGUGAAUGAUAAUCUUUUGCCAAAAAUCCAUGAUGACAUUUUUGUAAUACCUUGCUAAAUUAGAGAUGUGACUUGCCAGAGGUAAUAAUUAGCAAUGACCACAAAUGGGUUGAAUGCAUGAUAUUCACAACUGAUGAAGUUUGACUGCUCAGGAGUUUGGUUUGUUAUUUCAGAGGGUCCAUAAUAUCACAUCAGUGUAAAGAAAUACAUGUAAUAAUCACUGAGUUUGGUUAAAUUACUGAAACAGACCAAAAAUCACCCUCAAAGUUCUCAUGUCGAAUGUAUACAGAUACGUUAUAGCUCUUUUAACAGCAAAACCUCACAAUUCUGAUGCUUUUGUGACUGUAUACAAGUGUAUAUGUAUAAUUCAAAAAUAAUGUGUAUAUAUUGUAUGUCAGAGAUUUACAAGAAGAUACCAUGCUCUUUCAAAAAUUCAGUAUUAUUUUCUGAGAUAUAUAUUUAGAUUCUGUAAGCAACUUUCAGCUGAGUCAAAGACUGAUUAAACAAUAAACUAACAUGGAUGUUACCAUUCCUUAUCGCAUUGAAAUGUACUCAGUUAUGUGGAAACAUGUUGAAACAUCUGCUGUGUUCUUUGUUUUUGAAAUCUUCUUGCAGCAACUUGUUACAGAGGGACCAUUUUUGGAAUUGGUGCUUUGUCCUCCAAAAAUGUCCCUUCAAAAGGAAACACCUUUUUUUUUUUUUACUUCUUAGUUAAUUAGUAGGUCUUGUAUUUAUCUACAACUCAAGUGAACAUCAAAUUAAAAUACUCUUAAUUGCAGCUCUUCAACCCUCUAGUCCUGCGAUCAGGUCAGGGCUGUGGGCAGCCUGUCGAGGUUGUUCCUUUCCUCAGUGGGUGACAGUGGGUGUGAAAGAUGCCACAGCUCCCUCCUGCUCACACCGCUACCAGCCGAUUGCUUGUUGCGAGACCCUUUAGCAUCCCAAGUGUACUGGGAAUUAUUUUAUCUUCUGUCAGUCUGACAGUCCAGCGCUGCUGCCAUUCUCAGUGAAAACAAUGUUGUGUAGGUAGGCUACAUCUGAUAACACUGCACUCUGAGAGCUGGGUGGCAUCUGCAAAUAUUGUUAAGUGCUGCAACAGGAAGCUUUCAGGAUGGAGAUGAUGGGGUGACAGAUAACACCAACUGGGGUAAGGUACCUAUCUUGCAGGGAGAAGUAAUCAUAAUGCAUCAGCUGUUGUUACAACUACAGCAACAGACCCAGCAACAAUAACAUUGCAUUGUAUUGCACAAUACUAUUAACAGUAUCCUUAGUACUACAGCACAGAGUCAAACAUAAGAGGUCUGUAAGGAGAGGGAGGCCUUGAAUUAUACUGGUUGUACUACAUCUGGAAAUGAUACGACGAUGGAGUGAGUUGAACAUGGCUGUCAUGGUUGCUGUUUUCCCCUGUGAGUGCUGGAGUUUGGGGGGCUUUGACUUGACUCUUGUUAGCUCUAGAAAACUAACACAAAGAACACAAACUAUCAGGCAGUGUUAAUCUAUUUAUGUGUUGUUUUUGAUUUUUAAAUAAUAGCAAGCUAAAUUUUUAGA